AUGACCGAGGUGCAAAAGUUAAAGGAUGAUCUGUCUCUGAUCUACACAAAGAACGAGAUGAAGCGAGUGACGGAUAUACUUGAUAUAGUCAACAAGAUUCCAUGCUGUCACUGCGGCCACAAGAUUCGAUUGGCUUUGAUUUCGCCGGUGGUGCACAAAAUGUUCAAUAAACGGAACGUUCUCAUCGCAAUUGGAGCUGUGCUGGGAGUGAUACCCAUCCUCACAGCGUAUCUGACCAGAAGGUAUAACCAUAAUCAAUCCCAUGGCAGUAGUGCUUGUGUGUCGUCAUUUUUCUACACCCUGACGGAUUGCGAAGUGGUCUUUUGAGUGGCCCUGCGUUCCUGCUUUUAUGUUGGCGUACAUUUAUUUUAUAUAUGCAUUCCGUUUGUCAGUUGGAUAAAUGUUUUAACAUU